AUGGUUGUGGGGAAAUUUUUGAGCAUCCCAGGCGGCUUCGGACGCCUAGGGAUCGCCAUGGCUCGCCGGCCCCCGGAGCGCCCGCGGCCGCUGCGCUGCGCCGCGGUCGCCCUCGCCGCCGCUGCCGGGCGUGCGGGCGCUGGCGCGGCGGCCGCGGAGGAGGCGCCCACCGUCCGCCUGUCCAGCGGGGAGGCGCUGCCGCUGGUGGGCCUCGGCGUCGGGAACCUGGCGCACGACCUGAUCGAGGAGGCGGUCGUGGCGGCGGUCGACAGGCACGGGGUCCGACUCAUCGACACCGCCGCGGCCUCCAAGAACGAGCACAUCGUAGCCGCUGCCCUGAGGCGGGCGGACAGAGGGAGCGAGGUGACGGUGCUCACCAAGGUGUGGCACACCCACCUGGGAUUCGAGCGCACCCUCUUCUCGGUCGGGGAGUCCCUGGAGCGGCUGGGCCUGGGCGGCGACGGCGCGCGCAGGCCCGCGGUCCUGCUGCACUGGCCGAGGUGCCGCAGCGACGUGUCCUGGAUGAGGUGCGAGGAGGAGGAGGCCGAGCUCCCCCAGGAGGUGCGGCGGCUCGGCCCGGCGCCGCACCUGGACGCCGACGCCUGGCAGGGCAGCUGGCGGGCGCUGGAGCAGCUCUACAGGGAGGGCUUGAUCAGCAGCAUCGGCGUUUCGAAUUUCGACCCGCGGCAGAUGGAGGCGCUCGCGGGCAUGGCGGAGAUCAAGCCGCACAUCCUGCAGGGCAGCCUGUGGCACCUGCUCUUCGACCCCGCGCUGAUGGAGGUGCUCGAGCGGCAUGGGGUGGUCUUCCAGGCCACCACGGUGCCUGCUGGCGCCGUGGCCUCGGCGGCCUGCCCGGCGUGUAGUGGCGGGUGCAAGUCGGAGUACGACAUCAGCGUGAAUUCCAGGAGGCGCUCGAGCUGGACGACGAAGAUGACGACUUCGGGGGCCUCUCCAGCGAGGCGCCGCAGACAGCACGAUUUGUUAACACCUGCUCGCGACGUGCAGAUCGGGAUGAUGCGGACGAUCAUACCGAAGACUUCGGCGACUUCUACGACGCAGCCAGGCCUGCGGCCCCCGGACAACGAGGCGCGGAUCAAGAUGACGGCUCGGACAACGACGGCUUCGGCGGCUUCCCCGGCGCAGCUCAACCAGCGGCCCCCGAGCAGCGAGCAGCAGAUCCAGUUGAGGCCGCCCCACCAGCGCCGCCGGCCGCUGGGCAGCAGGGCAGCUUCAGAUUCGGCGACGAGGACGAUGACGGGUACGACGACUUCGACGCCGCAGCCAGACGUGACGAACUCAUACGACAAUGUGAUCGGCUUCAACCUGAAGGUAGGACGCUCCUCGCGCUCUGAGGCCCGGUACGGGCUUCGGGCCCUCAGGCCUCGUUUAUGCUAG